GCGCGGCAGCCCGGAGCGCUCGCGGGGAGAGGGGGAAGGAGAGGAAGAGGUGCGGGAAGAGGGGAGAGGAGGCUGCACGGGGUCGGCAGACAUGGGGCUGGAGGCGGCGAGAGAGUUGGACUGCACGGCGCUGGGCGCGCUGCUGCGGGAGCCGCGGGAGGCUGAGCGCACGCUGCUGCUCGACUGUCGCCCCUUCCUGGCCUUCUGCCGCCGCCACGUGCGCGCCGCGCGGCCGGUGCCCUGGAACGCGCUGCUGCGGCGCCGCGCGCGCGGUACCCCCGCCGCCGCCCUCGCCUGCCUGCUGCCUGACCGCGCGCUGCGGGCGCGCCUGGCCCGCGGGGAGCUGGCGCGGGCCGUGGUGCUGGACGAGGGCAGCGCCUCGGUGGCAGAGAUCCAGCCCGACGGCCCGGCCCACGCGCUGCUUGCCGCGCUGCUGCACGAGACCCGCGCCGGACCCACCGCCGUGUGCUUCCUGCCGGGAGGCUUCGACAGCUUUCAAGCCUGCUGCCCCGAUCUGUGCUCUGAGUCCCCCGGCCCCGCGAUGCCGCCCGAAAACAGCCGCUCCGACCCCAGGGCUCCCUCGUAUGACCAGGGUGGCCCUGUGGAGAUCUUGCCCUACCUGUACCUGGGCAGCUGCAGCCACUCGUCGGACCUGCAGGGGCUGCAGGCUUGCGGCAUCACAGCCGUCCUCAACGUCUCAGCCAGUUGCCCCAACCACUUCGAGGGCCUGCUGCGCUACAAGAGCAUCCCGGUGGAGGACAAUCAGAUGGUGGAGAUCAGCGCCUGGUUCCAGGAGGCCAUUGGCUUCAUUGACUCGGUGAAGAACAGCGGAGGCCGGGUGCUGGUGCACUGCCAGGCGGGCAUCUCGCGCUCCGCCACCAUCUGCCUGGCGUACCUGAUACAGAGUCACCGCGUGAGGCUGGACGAGGCCUUCGACUUUGUUAAGCAACGCCGGGGAGUCAUCUCCCCCAACUUCGGUUUCAUGGGGCAGCUGCUGCAGUUUGAGACUCAGGUGCUCUGUCACUGAGGCUGGGUCCCACCAUGCUGGCUCCCCCCCCAGGGCGGAGGCACACAGAGCUGCCUGAUUCCUGGGGACAGUGGGGGCCCCGGUUCCCCACUGUCCCCCUCACCUCAGGGAGAUCUGCCUCUUCCUUGGCGUUCAAAAAGCCCCCAGGUGGGCACGCUGGAUGCAGGGAUGCUGGACUUUCUCACCUGGUGCUCUUCUGCUGGGGGUUUGAGGGCCGCCCGUCAUUCCUCAUUCCGGAAGGAGGAUGGAGGGCGUGUCUGCUUCCCUCCUCCCCUGUCCUCUGACAGAAACCAACUGGACUCUACACCCAUGACUCCCACUGGUCCGAUCACCGUGUUGGAGCCCUUGGCAGCCUGAGGGCUCUAAGGAACAAGCUGUGACAACCAGGAGCCCUGCGUGUGGGGUGGUCCACGCCAGGGCCUGGAGCCUGAGCCCUGUGUGGGGCUCGGGGAAGUGAUGCGGAUGCUGUGUCUGGACCUCUUGCUUGCGUGUGUACGUGAGCGUUUCACGCCUGUGUUGGCGCUGGAAACAUAUUUGUGUUCAACUGACAUUUAACACUCCCUCCCCCCACUUCCUCCCAGCCCUGUGGGCGGGGGUGGGAAACUUAGCACUUUAUAUUUAUACGGAACAUUGAGGUUGAGGAUGUGUCAAUAAAAUAUUAUUUUGUUUGAGAAA